ACGUCGAAAAUUUAAUUUAAUAAUUUUGUAACAUAUACUAUGUAUUAAAGGAAGUAGAACGUUAAUUUUAAUUGAAAAGUGCAUGCAAUGAUUUCUUUUAUUUAGAACAAAUUUAUACAAAUACGAGUAUAAUUAAAACUAAAAUCUAUAUUUAUUUUGACCGUGAAUAUUAUCCGGCAUUAUAUUCAAUUUUCGAACAGUUUGAUACAAGAGUUACAUUUUAAACAAGAUUAAAUAAAAUAUAAAAGCUUUUAUUCUUUAUUUUUAUACUUUUUCUCUCCUACUUAUUGAACAUGGAGGAACAACAGUCCUUAUUUAAAUGUAAUGUUAUUCUUCUUUAAAAUUAAGUUGAAUAUUUUAUCGACAUACAUGCUAAAUUUGAGGUUAUGAAAGUAUGUGUAUAACUGCUUUUUGGAGUAUUUACUUUUAAGUGUAUAUUUAAGGAACAAAUAUUACAUAAUUAUUAAAUGAUGCAGUGUUCAAGAAAGCUUGUUAUGGUUUUAAAUAAAUCACAACAUAUAAUAAAUAUAAGAAGAAAAUUUAAUAUACUAAAUGUUAUCCAUCAGUGUAAACAUGCGUCUUAUACAACAUUUAAAUAUGAGGAGAACGAAGAAGAAAAGAACACCUAUGCACAGGUAUCCCAAGACUGCUUGGGAACAGCUAUUGAUGGAAAUAGAGUAUUUGUGAUACAACCAUAUAUAAAAUGGGGUAUUAAUAAGAAAAGAAAUACUACACCUCAGUUGCAAUUAGCCGAGGCAAAAGCACUCAUUAAUACUUUAACUAAUUGGAGCGUUGUUGGUGAGAAGCUAGUUCCACUACUUACUUUGAACAAAAAUAAGUUAGUUGGUGUAGGAGCUCUUGAAUCGUUGAAAGAAGAUAUUAGAAAAUGCCCACAUGUUACAUGUAUAUUUAUUAGUACAAAUUUAUUGAAAUUUGUACAAAUUGCUGAGUUGCAAAAGGCUCUUCAGUUACCAAUUUAUGAUCGUUAUUCUAUAGUCAUUCAUAUUUUCCGAGAACAUGCAAAGACACCAGAGGCAAAAUUGCAGGUAGCUUUGGCUGAACUUCCAUACAUAAAGCAGAAAAUGAUGGAUUUAUCCAAUUAUCAUAUUGGACGAAUAAACUAUACAGAAAAAAUGAAGAAUAUGCUACAAACUAGAGAAAAAAAGUUAAAAAAUGCACUACAAAGGUUAAAAGAACAUAGACAAAGGAUAAGACAGCACAGAGUUAAUUAUGGUUUUCCAAGCAUUGCUAUUAUUGGCUACACAAACGCUGGCAAGACAUCUUUGAUAAAAGCAUUAACAAAUAAUGCUUCGUUGCAACCUGAGGACAAAUUAUUUGCUACUUUAGAUACAACAGUACAUGGAGGAUUACUUCCAAAUAUGUUAAAAGUAUUAUAUAUCGAUACCAUUGGCUUUAUUCAAGAUGUACCAGAAAUUUUAAUAGAGCCAUUUAUAGUAACUUUAGAAGAUGCUACAAGUGCAGAUAUAUUAAUUCAUGUAUUUGAUGUGAGUCAUCCCGAUGUUAGAGCUCAAAUUCAACAUGUUCAGAAAACAAUAGAGACUAUGGUAGAUGAAAAUAAAGUAAUAAUUAACGUUGCUAAUAAAUGUGAUGUAGUAGAAAAAGAUGUCAUAGAAAACGUUAUACCAGAGAAUACGUUUGCCAUUUCUGCUACUAAAUUGACAGGCAUCGAUUUAUUACGAUCGAAAAUAGAAAAAGAAAUUACAAAUACACCUAAUUUAAUAAAGAGGCGUUUUAGAGUAGGAAAUGGAAGUACGGAAGCAUCGUGGUUGUACAAAGAAGCGACAGUUCUAAGCGCUGAGCCUGAUCCUAAUAAUCCACAAUACUUAAUAAUGGAUGUAUUCAUGACAUUACCUAUAUUUUAUAAAUUUAAACGAGUUUUCAAUCUCACUCGAUCUAAAUAAAUUUGUUUAAAUCUA